AUGGCACGAUAUAGCGAUCAUACAAGAGAUCCAUGUCCUUGGGUGAUCUUGAAUGAUACAGGCGCUGCAUUCGCAAUGGGAGCAAUAGGCUCGGGAAUAUGGCACAUAGUUAAAGGAUCCAAGAACUCGCCCAGGGGCGAACGUAUAAUUGGAGCUAUAUCUUCAGUGAAAGCCCGUUCUCCGGUUCUUGGGGGUAAUUUUGCUGUAUGGGGUGGAUUAUUUUCUACGUUCGAUUGUGCAUUGAAAGGAAUACGGCAGAAAGAAGAUCCGUGGAAUGUGAUUGCAAGUGGUUUUCUAACUGGCGGAGUUUUGGCAGCUAGAGGCGGACUAGCUGCAUCGGCAAGGUCAGCUGCUCUCGGGGGUUUGGUUUUGGCUCUGUUUGAAGGUGUCUCAAUUGCCGUAGCUCGUAUAUCAACGCCAUCAGCGCCACCAAUGGUACAUUAA